AUGCAGGUUAGAGUUUUGCAAUUUGAAUGGUGGGAUGUGGUGGAGAUCGGUGGUGGCAAUUGGCAUGGUGUAGGUGGAAGAAGAAAGGUUGGGAAAGUGAGAGUUGGAAAGAGAGUUACAACAGAGAGAGUGUGGGAAAGUCCAACUAUGUGGGCUAUAGCUUCUUUUUCCAAGGUUAACGUUUACCUCUAUGAGGAGGGAAACCUUUCUAUUGCUUUUCCAUUUAUACCCCUCUCAAAGUCACCGGGAAUUGUAGAGCUUUCUCAGUAUCACCAAAUUCAUUCAUUUUCUGCAAUUUCUACCCGACUUAAACCCUUAAAAAAAUUGCAUUCUGAACAUUCAAAGCACAUAAAGAAAGAGGAGGUUGAGGAAGACGAAGAAAACCCCGGUCCUGUGUUUGAAAACCGCAAGAAAAAACUCGACCAUGCCAGUCCCAGUUCUGGCUCCCACAGGGAAGGUAAAGUGAAGAAAGAGGAACGAAAAGUGAAGAAAGAAGAAGUAGACUAUAUUUUUGAAGCAACCACUAAGAAGGGCUCAAGCAAGAUUAAUAAGGAGGUGGCAAAGGAAGUUCUCAAGAGGAAAAAGAAAAAGAUUCAACAGCAUAAGCUAGAUUCGCCAAUGAAAGUUGUUGUGACCGUAAAGAAAAAUGCUAAAACUAUUCCUAUCAAAAGGAAAACAUCUUCCUCUUCCUCCUCUGUUUUAACGAAGAAGACGACACUGCCACCAGAAUCUAAAUCUACAAUUAUGUCAAAGUAG